UAGCCAAUUUAAUGAUGUAUGUUACCUAUACUCCACUUCGUGUUUUAAUAGCAUAAUUUGUGCUGCACUUUGAAUGUUUAAUUCGUACAAUAUUAAUAUCUAACAUUUUUUGCGAUCGGAACUGUGUAUUAAUUUUGGAAAACGAACAGGAUGUCAUAGUAAUAUAUUGAUCCCAAGUAUUUCUAGUAGGUGGGUAAUAACUUUCUAAAUUUGAAGCUGCCAUAGAAUUUUUUUAUUUUAAAAAGGUUCAUAGUGAUAACAAUAAUGAUUAUUAUUUCUUAGUAUACUUAAAAUAAAAAGAAAAUGUACUUAUUAUAAAAGAGAUAGCUAUGAUUUAAAUGCAUUUGUAACACGAUGACAUAUCACAAAUGUUAAUUAAAAUUGUGUUGCGCAUGCUUAUGAAGUGGAAAAUUCGUAAAUUGUCAAUAUAAGUACUUGUUUCUACAAAAAAAUUGGAAUUUUAAAAUAAAUCAAGGUUUGAGUGCUAUUUACCAUUUUAGAAACAAUUCUUCACACUUGUGUACUUUUGAUGUGUUGUUUAGGCAAAAAUUUAUUGAAUUACACCAUUGUUUAAUCAAUUAGUAACAUAUUCAGUUCAACAUUUUGGAUUGAAAGUGUUGCUUACAAUGGCACUUAAUGAAUGGAAACCAUCAGAAGAUGCCUUGUCUACAAUUGUAAGAGUCCUUCAGGACUCAUUGGUUCCAGAUAGCAAUGUGCAAAAAGCAGUACAAGAAAAGAUUGUUUUGAUGCAAAACUAUCCUGAUUUCACAAACUAUUUACUUUAUAUUCUCUCCAAUGCUCAAUCUUAUAAUGAUCACGUUCGCACAUUGAGUGCUAUAAUUUUAAAAAACAACAUUUCUACUCUUUAUGAAACUUUACCAAUAACUACAAUUGAAAUUGUUAGACAGCAGUGCUUGGAAUUAAUGAAAGAUACUUCUAAAGAAGUGAGAACUAGUGUUACUACAUUAAUAGGGGUAUUAGUAUGUAAAGAUAGCAUAUCAUCAUGGCCAAAUCUAAUUCCAUACUUAUGCCUUUUGCUUGAGUCUUCUGACAGCAAUUUAAGCGAGACAGCAUUGUCAGCCCUUUUUAAAAUAUGUGAAGAGUAUCUUUCGAGGUUGGGAUCUGGUCAGGAAGAGCAUAAUGAAAUGAUAAAUGAGUUGCUGUCUAAAUUUGUAACACUGGUCACAAAUGAACGAGCCAGUAUUAGAAAAGAGGCUUUGAAACUUCUCAAUCAGGUCAUGCAAGAUGAUAUUGACUUGACAAAGAAACAUUUUGAUACCAAAUUAUACAUGAACAGUUUACUGCAAAUUUUAAAGGAUAAUGAUCCUGAAGUUCAGAAACUGAUAUGCCAAGCUUUUGUAAUGUUUAUAGAGACAAGGGAUGUUAAUAUUUUACCUCAUAUUGCGACCAUAGUAGAAUUCAUAUUUUCUAAGCUAGAACAUGAAGACACUGAAGUAGCAUUGCAGGGUUGUGAGUUUUGGCUAGCAAGUGCCAAGUUGCCUACUUGCAGAGAAAUUUUUUUGCCAUAUGCUAACCGUUUGCUACCAAUCCUGAUUAAAAAUAUGAAGUAUUCAAACUUCGAGCUAGAUGCUUUAAAAGAUCAUCUAGGUAUUGAUGAACAUGUAGAAGACAAGGCUGAUGAUAUUCAACCAAGAGGCUUCAGUACUGGUGGAAAUGAUGAUGAAUAUUAUGAAGAAGUUGAUUAUGAUGGUAAAGAUUUGAUGGGUGAACCAAAUGUUGGAUGGACUUUAAGAAAAUGUAGUGCUGCUUCUUUGGAUGCCCUUUCUUUGCAAUUUAGGGAAGACAUGCUUGCAAUAGUUGUACCAAUUAUUAAUCAGGCAUUGAAUCAUAAUGACACAUUAAUUAAAGAAUCUGGUAUAUUGGCUCUCGGUGCUAUAGCUGAUGGAUGCAUGUCUGGGUUAUGUCCAUAUUUGCCAGGAUUGGUUCAGUAUCUUCUGGUCUGUAUGAAUCAUGAACAUUCCCUAAUUAGAGUAAUAACCUGUUGGACAUUAAGUCGUUUCAUGACUUGGAUGAUGGAACCUGAACAGUCCACCGAAAUUUAUUUCAUUCCAGUUAUGACAAUACUUCUAAAGCAUUUUCUUGAUGGUAAUAAAAGAGUUCAAAGAGCUGCACUCUCAGCAUUUUGUAUUUUUCAAGAAGAAGCACGUCUUAAACUGGUUCCCUAUAUUGAUCUGAUCCUUCAAGCUUUUGUUAUGGCUGCAAAAAAAUUUAAGUAUCGCAACUGUUUGCUGCUUUACGAUGUUGUUGGGGUACUAUCUCAAAGUGUGGGUAAUCACCUGAAUAAACCAGAAUACAUAGAGGUACUUUUACCGCCUUUGAUGCAUAAAUUUAAUUCCAUUCCUGUUGAUGAGGAUGAAGAAUUUCUGGCUCUGAUGGAGUGCCUUUCAAAUGUAGUUACAGCAGUAGAAGUAGGAUUUCUUCCAUAUGCCGAGGUGGCUUACAACAGGUGUUUGCAAAUCUUAAACGAAACCGUCAAAAAUAUACUGUGUUUUAAUGAAAAGCCUACAGAGUAUGAUCCACCUGAAAAAGAUGCAAUGUGCGUUGCUCAUGACUUACUGUUAGGCAUGAGUGUUGGAUUAAAAACAUAUUUUGUUAAAUAUGUUACAAACAGUAACCUUCUUCAACUUUUGUAUUAUACACUUCAAGAAGAAAUGGUACAAGUUCGUCAACCGGCAUUGGCUCUGUUUGGAGAACUCGUUAAACUUUGUUUUGAUCAUAUUAACCCUCAAGUACACGACUACAUUCCGAUUAUCGUCCAAAAUUUAGACAAACAGUAUGAUGGUACCUGUAAUAAUGCUGCUUGGGUUGUAAGUAAGCUAUGCAUUGUAAUGGGACAAGGAUUAGAACAAUAUGUUCCACAGAUUUUGAAAAGAUAUGUGGAAAUAAUGCAAACUUGUAAUGGAGCUAAGACAAUGUACCAGACAGUUGCUAUUUCUUUAUGUAGUUUGGGUUUAGUUUUUCCCGACACUAUAACACCUUAUUUGGGCAACAUUUUGAGACCUUGUUGCCAGGCCAUGAGGAACGUGAGAGAUUGUGAAGAAAAGGAUUUGGGUUUUCGCGGCCUGUGUCAAUUAAUUAUUCGUAACCCUUCAGCCGCUGUUCCCGAUUUUAUAUUCUUUUGUGAUGCUGUAGCCUCUUGGAACGAUAUUAAGGUCGACCUAAAAGAUACAAUUCGAAAUAUAUUAACUACGUUCAGAAAUCAAUACGGAGAAAAUAAUUGGAGCGCCUUCUAUGAACAGUUUCCUCCGAUGUUGAAAUAUCGACUGAACAAACUAUACGGAAUUUGAAUAUGAGGUCUUACUUUAAAGAAACGGGGAAAACUUCGAUCGCGCAAAAGUCAAAACAAAGUAAUUUCGUUCGCGGAAAUAAUUUAUUGCGGAAUAACUUCGUGGGGCUUACACACAUAUAAAAACAUACAUUCACUUAUACAUAUACGUCAGGGUGGGAAGGCUUGAGUGCGCCUGCCUUAAGUACUACGCGCGGUAACUUACUAAACGAAACUCGCGAGGGAGGGUUCGUGUUAAUGAUGUCGCGUUCUCAUUGGAUCUUGUCAUUAAUGUCCGGUUUGAUUACUACUGUUAUUACUAAAAAAUGCAUGGUGAUUAACGGCUUCCUUUAUAUACUUAAAACCAUGAUGUUAAAAAAAAAAACUAGUUAAUACCUUUUAAAACAAUAUGUUUAAUCUUGAAGAAACUAAAUUUCUGUGUAAUCGAUAUUGUCACCCUUGAAAUGGACAAUUCGGUCUUUAAUAUGAAAUUGGAAAUUAUUCAUUUAAGGGUCGCUGAGAAAAGGGAAUAAAUAAAAUUAAAUAGGGGUUGAAUUCAGGGUCAGUGAUGAUAAUUUUUUCAUACCACUUGGUUUUUCACAUAUAAAAUGAAGUUGCCAAAAUACCUUGAAUUACAAUAUUUAAUUUUUUUCUUAAGUAAUUGUAAAAAAAUUAUGGGAAGAACAGUUCAUCAGCUUGACAGAAUAAAAGUAUUUAUUUUGAUGUCUAUAUUUUUUAAAAUAUUAAAAAAACAAAACGGGGGUAACUAGCCCCUUUAGGUAUUUGAAUGUUUUUGCUGCUCAUACAUGAUUAGCAAGGGGCAAAAUUUUAUUUUAAAAUCAAUCUUUUAUUUGGCAUUUUUAUUUUCUGUAUUUGUACCUGUUAGGGCAUGACAAAUGACUGAUAUUUUUAUACAGAAAUAUGUUAACUUUUGUAUUACAUUAUGGUUAUUAUGAAUUAGCGUUUUUGUUUAUUAUAAUUUUGUGUGUGUAAUUUGUUUUUGAUUAUAUUCUGCACAUUGUUACUGUAAUACCCAAUUUUUCAUGUUACUGGAAAAGUAGCGUAUAAGUUCUGGAUAGGCUUAACUAACAGACGUAUUAUUUUUAUUAUUUAUUUCGUAGCAAUGACUAACAGACUUUUUUGUACUGUAGUAUGUAAUUUUAUUUUUAUUACUUUUUGCGAUUGAUUGACUGGUUGCUUUUAUUAUUCCAAUAAAUAAUG